AUGUCAGCAGAUGCCCAUUUUUCUUUAAAUUCUUUUUCUUCUUCUUCUACCGAAAGUCCAAUGGACACUCCAGGAACUACUGCCCCCAGCGACUCAGCCACUGAAGGUGACUCGAAUGCGCCAACCUCCUCUGUUUCAGCCUCAACCGCCAGCGACGUACUUCCUCCUCUUUCGCCUAGAGGCGCCCCCGUCGUUCGCGUAACUGCAUCCAUGCGUCGGUUAUCGGUAUCUAACUCGCCUCAGCCUCCAACCCGAUCUUCGAGGUCCGUCUCACCCUCAGCCCCGCCAGCGAAGUCGCAACGCUCAGCCUCCGGUCGUCGCAGACCUUCAAACGCACAACCUUCUCACCCAACAUCUUCUCAGAAUCGUCCUGAGGCUUCGUCAACAAAUACGCAGGCUGUUCCACGUAGAUCUCAGCCCCGAUCCUCGGGCCGCGGCGCCUCCUCCUCCAGGGCCACUGCUGGUCGUGACCUCAGAGCUGCUCGGCAAUACCACGUCGGCCCGCUGCCCCAAGUCGAUGUUGGUCAACUUCCCCAGAAAACCCCCCAGGGUUUCUCCCAUUACCUUAUUCGUCGCCAUCCAUGGGCCUACCUCGUUAACCCGCGCCCUAUCGACAUGCUUUGGGAAAACCUUCCAGUUGUGACCACCACUUUGAGAACGGAAGUCUACCGACACUUACCCGAUAGCGGCUACUUAUCUCUACGCUUCAAUAAGUCUCUCUUCCCUCAAAUCGUCGUACGGACGCCACCUCGUCUGCCGUCAGAGUUUCCAUUCAUUGAGCUCCAGUCCCUUGAGGAUACGAUCGCCUUCCGCGAGCGUUCUCAACGCGUCCUCGAGAACGUGUUAGCGGGUACCUACAUGGAUACCGACAUCAGCGAUUUGCCACAAACUUCGUCCGUUAAGCAUCCCUACAUAACCGCACCGCCGUUUCGGAAAGGUUAUCGUCCAGUACUAUAUCAAGUAGUGUCCACUGCAUGGGGUACCGGCGUUAUACUCGAGGCAAAAGAUUUCUUCACGGUAGGUCCCGAUAGACGUGACCUACACUGCAUUGUGCUAGACACGUUCGCGGUUGAAAUAGUACGACACCGUCGCGGCUUCAACAAAUCGCUGGUCUCAGUUAAAGAUUUCGUUUGGGUUUACGAUGUCAAACCCACGCGUCAAGCUCUAAAAGAACCCCUCAAGUCUCUGGAAGAAUCACGCGUGCCUCGGACCACCAUCGUUAAUACAACUUCAGUGUUCUUCUUCAGAGCCUCUUAUUUCGCCUUCGUUAGACCCAAGGAUCACGAGUCUCCGAUUUACGGUAUGAUCCUCAACCUGAUUUCACGCCAUAGAUCUGUCGUCCGUGCCCGCGCAGCCUUCGAAGGUUGCCCCGACGCAGUCACGUUUACCUCCGCUAUCACAUCGUUUCCUCUUAGGCGUCUGUCGCAAUAUGACAUCGUUUCGGCCCGCUCUCGCGUUAACGUUUCUUCAGCGAUGCGUUUUUCGGAGCCACCCGCUUCGCUAGAGGCUCGAGAACACCUGGCCCUUCUCAUCCGUCGCUUUCUACCUAUG